UCCUAGUCCUAUCCUAAAGUAGUUCCUGCCCCAGUCCUAGUGCUGGGGACCGUGGCUGGGGUCCCUGCCCCGGUGGUUCCAGGCGCCGGUGGGGUUCGAGGAGGUGGCUGUGUAUUUCUCCCGGGAGGAGUGGGGGCUCCUGGACGAAGGGCAGAGGCAGCUCUACAGGGACGACAUGCAGGAGAAUUACCAGACUCUGAUCUCGCUGGGUGCUGUGAUGGCGAGUGGGAGCUUUGAGGAGAUCCCCCAGCAGAAAGAGCCUGCAGGAGCGGAGCUGUCCAGGACAUCCCAGAGCCCCGAGCGGGGAGACACCGAUGGGGCGGAACGGCAAUGGGGAGCCUCCCCGGCAGGGAAACUGAGUCAAUCCAGAGCUGGUGUCGAAGCUGAAUAUGACAUGGUGUCUUGUGGAACCCAGGCGGGGGAGAGAGCGAAUACAUGCCCUGAGUGCGGGAAAAACUUCCCUUGGAGCUCCCGGCUCCUCCGACACCAGAGAUCCCACACCGGGGAGCGCCCCUACCGGUGCCCUGACUGUGGGAAGGGCUUCAGCGAGAGCUCGGCCCUGAUCCAGCACCAGCGCAUCCACACCGGGGAGCGUCCUUACAGCUGCAGCGUGUGCGGGAAGAGUUUCGGCCUGAGCUCCCACCUGAUCCGCCACCAGCGCACCCACACGGGAGAGCGCCCCUACCAAUGCCCCGACUGCGGGAAGGGCUUCCUGCGGCGCUCCCAGCUCACCCUGCACUGCCGGACCCACACGGGAGAGAGACCCUAUCAAUGCCCUGACUGCGGGAAGGGCUUCAACGAGAUCCCCAACCUGCACCGGCACCAGCGCAGCCACACGGGGGAGCGGCCCUAUAAAUGCUCCGACUGCGGGAAGAGCUUUGCUCAGAGCUGCCACCUCCUGCAGCACCAGCGCACCCACACCGGGGAGCGGCCCUACAGGUGCCCCUGCGGGAGGGGGUUUGUCCGGAGCUCCCAGCUGAUCCGGCACCGGACGGUUCAUACAGGGGAGAAACCAUACAAAUGUCCCAUCUGCGGGAAAUGCUUCACUCAGGGAUCCACCCUGACCAGCCACCUGCGGAUCCACAGUGGGGAGAGACCCUUCAAAUGCCCCCAGUGCGGGAAGAGCUUUGUUCGGCGCUCCCACCUUAUUACACACCGGAGAACCCAUACAGGUCAGCGGCCCUACAGCUGUGCCCAGUGCGGCCGGGGCUUCUCCCAGCACUCCAGCCUCAUCCGGCACCGCCGCACCCACACGGGCGAGAGACCCUACCGGUGCCCCGACUGCGGCAAGGCCUUCGCCCUCAGCGCCUCCCUCCUGACCCACCAGCGAACCCACACCGGGGAGCGCCCCUACGGCUGUGCCCAGUGCGGAAGGGGAUUCAGCCAGCGCUCGGCUCUGGUUACCCACCAGCGCACCCACACCGGGGAGAGACCCUAUAAAUGCCCUGACUGCGGGAAGAGCUUUGCCAUCAGCUCCCACUGCACUGCUCACCAGAGGAUCCAUGGGGAUCCGGGCGGGGAGCCCCCGUACCGGUGCCCCCAGUGUGGGGAGGGCUUCCGGCUCCGCGCCCGCUUCCUGCAUCACCGGCGCAGCCACACGGGCAGCAAACCCCACCGCUGCCCCGACUGCGGGAAAGGAUUCUCCCGCAGUUUCCUGCUCAAGACACACCAGCGGAUCCACACUGGAGAGCGGCCCUACCCCUGCCCCGACUGUGGGCGCCGCUUCCGGCAGAGCUCCCACCUCACCCACCACCGGGCCACCCACACUGGAGAGCGGCCCUACCGCUGCAGCCACUGCGGGGACGCCUUCCCUUGCAGCUCGGAGCUCUAUCUGCACUACCGCAGCCACACCGGGGAGCGGCCCUACCAGUGCCAUGACUGUGGGCGCAGCUACACCACCAACGGCAGCCUGCGGCGGCACCGUGCCAGCCACGCCGUGGGCUAGGGGGUGCAGCCGGCUCGGCCCAUGGGCACCCUCCUGGACAAGGUGCUGCAUCUUCCUGGCUCUAGGCAGGGCCUUUCUGGCUGUUUGCUGGGUAGAUUGUAUUGGGGAAGAGAACUAGGGAUGGGUUAUAGGGGGCUAAAGGUGGAUCAUACCAGGAGAACGAAGGAACACAGGGAGAGAUCGAUGGGUCAUCCAGGUGUAGAGCUGGGUCAUACCUGUUAGAAUGUGAAAAGCAGCUCCACUCCAUCUACCCCUGGACCUGAUGUUGAGGUUUUCAAAAUGAUCUGAAGUGUGCGUGUAUUUUUCCAAGCACCUUGAAAUAGAGCGUGAGUGUAUCUAUCUGUUCUUAGAUGCAGAAUUAUGUUCUAUGGCUCAAUAUAACAAUCAGCCGACCCACAGAUUGUGCAGGUAGGGGAUGUGAUGUUGAAAGACACUGGCGGCUGCUAUCAGGUGACAAUCGCAGACCUCCUUAGCGCCACUGGCUCCCGUAUGGAGUAGAGAGAGCCACCGAGAAAGGAAGCGACUGCCAAGAGACAUGGCGGGUCAGAACUGAGCUGGUUGCAAACACGAGCAUUAGGAGAUCAGCGUGGGUUGGAGUCAGCAAGCCAAGAGAAGGAGAUGGGAGCAUGACUCUGGCAGGAAGCAGAGAGACAGAGCUUCUUGGUCACAGAGCCCACUGGAGGGGCAAAGGUGGGGACUGUGCUGCAGGGAACCUGCCUGCUGUUUGUUUUCUGCGGUGUAUAGGGAAACAGGGUACGGUGGGCAGUCUUUGUAAAUCAACACCAUCACACCUGGAAUAGA